AUGGAUUCAAAGGUGUCUAGAAAGCAAUGCAUUCACUUGGACUGAAGCGUAAAUUAAUUGAAAAAAAAACACCCCACGUUUUAAUAGGCUGCAAAAUGCCACCUUUUCUCAGGUGAAAGCUGUAAGCCAGGUGCCGAAUUCUGCGGACGAACAAACCCUAACUUUUGAGCGAGAUUUGUCCUUCAGAACAGCCCUCGGGCUUUUCUGCGGCGCCUCCGGGGCAAGAUGGCGGCAUCAGCGCUCACAAGCACGGCCUCAGAGUUAGGCGCUUCCAGCCGAGAAGGGCGAUGGAGCCGCGACAGCUGAGAAGGCGGCAUUCCUAGCCCUUCCCCGUGAGGGCGGGCAGCUACCUCUCAGCGGCAGCGGCGCGACUCGGCCCGACGCGGUGGCGCAAAAUGGCGGCGCAGCCUGACUGAGAGCGCGGGGGCCGCAGGCUCUCCGCACACGCCCCGAGGGACGGGGGAAUCCACGUUCCCCACCCCAGCCGGCACUGGGGGAUGGAGAAUUUAUGCGCCGCAAAUCGCGCCCACUCCUCCCCGCGGCGGAAUAGCGGGCACAGAGACACCACCCUUCCGUUCGCCGCCAUCUCGCGGGGCGGGGCGAGGCGAGGGGGCGGGCUGCCCGCCAUCCUGGUUGCAUUCGAAAGUUCCCCGGCGGGUAGGGCUUUCUUUCCUCCUUUCCCCGCUUCUCCGCCCGCGGUGGGUGGCAGCCGCCCGCGGUCCCCCUUGCGCCGGAGGCUGCCACCCCGCACGCAGGGAGGCGGGGGGGGUCCGCCCGCUGCCCAGGAGCGCCGAGGGGCCGUGCCGGCCCGCGGUGGGCGAGGCCGCAGCUAUGGCAGCUCGGGAGGCUUCUGAAACAUCCUUCCUCAGCCUGAGUGAUGUAAGAGAGCGGAUGCGGGAGAAGAAAAAGGGUGUCUUGAGGACUGCGAAGUUGAAUGCCUCGCUUGCGUCAAAAAUCAAAACGAAAAUCAUUAACAACUCCUCCACUAUUAAAGUCUCCCUAAAGCACAACAAUAAAGCACUGGCCCUCGCCCUCAAUGCAGAAAAAGCCAAUGCACAGCGGCUUACUCAAGAGAAAACCAUCUUACAGAAGGAGGUGGAGCAGUGCCACUUCCAGAAUGCUAUGCUGCGGCACAAGCUCUCUUUCCUGAAUAACACCUUUAAAGAAUUUGAAAACCUUAUGGCUGCAGUUAAGAUGGCCCGGCUGUCUGAGUUCCAUACAAGUUUUGCAUCCUUGUCCAAUGACCAGAUUGUCAGCAUGACUGAAGAUAGCUGGGCCGAUGAUAUUGCAGAUGGUCAGCUUGUGAGGGCUGUAGGGAUGCCAAUGAGGGUGCCUGUUUCCAAGCUAUGUGAUGCAGGACAGCAAGAUAGGUGCUCCACAACAGUACAGACAUCCUCGGUCGCUCUUCGGAGACCUGCUUCUAAUCAGUCCCUGGAAAUUGUGCCUGUUGCCUCCAAAGACACUUUGCAACCACAGUCUGCUGAGAAGUCUCAGUGCUACCAGGAAGAGAAUGGGAAGAAGGCAACUGAAGCAAUGGAAGCACAAGAGGCUUUUCUUGAUUCUUGCAUCUUUGGAGAGGCCUUGUGUGCUGCCCAACAAAAUCACAACAAUUUGCCAGCGCGUGCCUGGGAAAGUCAUCCUCUUUCAUAUGAAGGCAAUGAAAUGGCAAAGCAUCUCUUUGAUCGUCUCUCACAAGGGCAUGUUACUCAGAGGAGAAAGCGUUCCACCCUGUUUGCAACAAGCACUCCAUCUUCUGCUGUGGGUACCUUCCCAUGUGUCAGUUCCACUCAGGCAGCUCAGUGGAGUAUGACAAAGCACAGCAGUGGCUCCAGCAAGAGCAACACACAGCCACAGCUGGAAUCUCCCAUCUCCCUGGUUUCACCUACUCAAACCACUGUUAUUCCUGAUAGAAAAUCUUUGGGUAAAGAGAUUUUCUGUGAUCAGCCACAGGCUAAAGAAACUGGGUAUGGUAUUGAAACAGACCCCAGCUAUAGCCAUGUCCCUGAGUUUUUUCCUGUAAAGGCUAAAAGCAAAGGUAACUGUAAAACUUGCAACAAAACAACUGUUAAGAAAGCAAGCACAGGAAAAAAUAAAACAAAUGCAAUUAAAAAUGAUGCAGAAAGUAGUCCUGACAUACCUCAAGGUGAAGAGAGUGCUCAAAAUGUGAAGAAGCGUCUUCAGCCAAAAGUUGCAACAUGUUCCAGUGAGUCUGAAGUUUCUGAGAAGAGGCAGAAGGCUUGUGUGAAGGUUUUCAACAGGAAGAACAGAGGCUAUGGUGCGGAGAAACAUUCCUGCUCUCCUGAUGAAGUCCAAGAUCACAGAAAAACAUAUGUGGUAAAGCCAGCACAGCUGCACAGUCUUGGAAGUGGUGAGUUACUGGAAGAGGUUAAGAAGGAAGCUAUCUUUGAGAGCCAAAGUAUGGAGAGCUUGUCAAAAAGCCCCGUUUAUACCUUCUCAAGUCAUGACAUUCCCACGGAUGAUUGCAGUCUACGAAAUUCACUCUUCUUGAGGAAAGAGACCUCGAGUGCCUGUUCUUUGCAAGACGACUCAAGUGUGAGCGCAAAGAGCAUCAGACAGAAAACCAACAAAAAAACUAGAGUAAUUAGGCAAAGAGAUGACUCUGAGGAGGAGAAUCUGCCUAACAGUGUGAAAAUACCAGAUGCGAAAGCUGAAAAACAGUCUAAAAGAAGCCAGACAAGCCAGAUGACAACAGUCAGGAAAAGCAGUUGUAGUGAUCAGAGAAAUGAAGUUGAUGUUUUUGGGCCAUGUAUAGAUGUCCAAGCAGUAACUAAGGAGAGCGCAAAGGACUCACCAGGUAAUCUUAAAUGUAGCAGGAAAACUUACAUUGUCAGUCAUUUGGAUCUUGUGGGAAACUCUGAUUGUCUCCAGACAGAUUUUGAAGGGGGUGAAAUUAUACCUCUCAGGUCUACUCCUGGGAGAAAAGCUAGCAAAAUCCCCAGAAUUCAGAGGAUUGUAGCUGCUCAGAGCAAUAAAAAACAGAUAGGGGGCCUUCAAGAAAAGAGGCAAGCUGAAGUUGACAACAACAUGAAUGCUUCAGAAAAAGAGGCCUAUCCCAAACCGAAGACUCAGAAGAAGAGAAACACCUCUAGACCUCCAGAGACUGAUUCCCUGGCCAGACAAAGUGAUGGUGCCAAGGUGCUCAUUCGAAGUUCAGCAGAACUUGCAUCCAAGCAAACUGUCCUGACAGGGAAGCCACCUUGCCUUACAGAUCUGCUGUCUGACCCCAAUGCCUUCCUGGAGCAGAUAGCUGAGAUAUCACUUACAAAUAAUCUUAUGGACCUUUCACACAGUCCUGAAUCCUCCUCUGUGACCUGUUCUGGAGCUUCGCCUGUCAGCUCCAGGCUUACAGAUGUAUCAGUUUCCAAGAGCUUAAGUACUGAGGACAACAGAACGCCAGAGAAAUCCCCUGUUUGGCCAGAAGGCUCCCUGAUAUUUAAAGAAAAGACUGCAGAGGAAAUACCUGGGGAAAGAAACCAGGUUGAGUCAAGUUCUUGGAACUCACCUUCACGGGAACCUGAGAUCAGGCCACUACAGGACUUGACCAAUGCCGGGACUGUGGUUUCCUCCAGCUCGGAAGAAGGGCCACGGCGCUUAUCGAGGCGGAGACGGGACCCAGCCUGCUAUGCAGAGCCAAAACUCAACAGGAAACUGAGGCAGGGUGACCCAUUUACAAGCAUGGAGUUCCUCAACUCCCCUGUCUACAAAGUCAAAAAGAAGAGAACUGCCAAAGCCAAGGAAAUGACAAAGAAGAUCAAAGAGGACAAAGAAUGGCUUCACAAAGGAUGUGCUGUGCCACAGCAGGCAAGCUAAUAACUACGGGAAGAGUCAUGGAGCCAGAAGUAAAAUAGUGGUGGAACAGGCAGCCUCCAAGCUCCUAGGAGCUUGUCCAUUUUUGCUAGAAUAUCUCUGAUGUUUUGCAUAGCUUAUUUUUUAUUUUAGUUUUGAAAUAAAGUCUGCUAUGUGGACAGUG